GAUGCCUUCACCGGCACACCCUACUGUGGCAACCCUGCUUGCGUCGUGCUCCUGCGGCCGGGCUCCUACCCGGAGGAGACCUGGAUGCAGCAGGUGGCCAACGAGAUGCACCUGAGCGAGACGGCCUUCCUCCUCCCGCACGCCGAGCCGUCGUCGUACGACCUGCGCUGGUUCACACCCACCGCCGAGGUCGACCUCUGCGGGCAUGCGACGCUCGCCUCUGCCGCAGUGCUGUGGGACGUGCACGAUGCGGGGCUCUCGAGGCCUCUCACCUUCCACAGCAAGUCGGGCGUGCUCACGGCGGUUCGCGACACGGAGAGCGGGGCCAUCUCGCUCGACUUUCCCGCAGAGCCAGCAAUGCCAGUCCCGCCGGAGCAGGCGGGGGAGUACGCGAGUCUGCUCGUGCGCGCGUUUGGCCUGCCCAGCCGCGACGCCGUGCUCUGGGUCGGACGCAAUGCCAUCGGAGGCCCAGGCGGCGGAGACCUCAUCGCCGAGGUGACUCCGGAGGCUACAUUUGUGCGACAGGCCGGCAUCCCGCUACCAGAAGGCGGCCCGCCGGCGGCUUCGUACGACUUUUCUUCGCGCGGCUUCGCGCCGUGCGUCGGCGUGGACGAGGACCCUGUCUGUGGCUCGGCGCACUGCGCGCUGGGGCCCUACUUCGCAGCGAAGCUGGGCCGAGCGGACCUGCUCGCGCGUGUCGCCUCGCCGCGUGGCGGCGACGUGCGCGUGUGCGUGCGCGGCGAUCGUGUGCAGCUUGGAGGGCACGCAGUCGUCACGAUGACGGGGCAGCUGUUG